AACGUAUGUCUGCUUAAUUAUUUCCCUAUAUUUAUAUUGACGAUCACUUUGACAAUGAAAGCCUUUAAGUCCUCCUUAAAAAAAAAAAAAACAAAAGAAAGCUUUACGUCCCACCAUAUAAGGUGUUGAGAUUCUCCGUUUUCUUCCAAAGAUAUCCUUCCCGCUUAAGCUAUUUAGCAAUCAAGACCCUUCCGUCUCUCUUUGCAAAGUUUUAACAGUUCGAUCCUUUCUUGAUUUUCAUGGACAUCCAAAACUUACUCUUCUCCUUGUUCUGUUUCUUCUUCAUUUCUCUUUUCUUAGGUCACCAACAAGUUGUUGAAGGUUCAAGGGUGUCACCCUUUGCUUUCAGACCCAAGAAGCUGUUUGUGUUUGGAGAUUCCUAUGCUGAUACAGGCAACAACAGGAAAGAUUUGGCAAGUUCCUGGAAAUUUCCUUAUGGAAUUACAUUUCCUGGUAAACCUGCUGGCCGUUUCUCUGAUGGUCGUGUCUUGACUGAUUACAUUGCCGGGUACUUGGGAAUCAAGACACCAAUUCCAUACAGAUGGAGGAAAGAACUGGCCGGUCGGCUGAAGUAUGGAUUGAACUUUGCUUAUGGAGGGACAGGUGUUUUUGACACGACGGUUGCGGAGCCAAACAUGACCACCCAGAUCGAUUUCUUGGAGCAGCUUCUCAAUGACUCGGUCUACACCAAGAGGGGCUUGAAAACUUCUGUGGCACUUGUCAGUCUUGCAGGCAAUGACUACUCAACUUACAUCGCCAGGAACGGCUCUGCUGCGGGUUUUCCGGCCUUCAUUGGAAGCGUUGUGAAUCAACUGACGGUGAACCUGAAACGGAUCCACGACUUGGGAGUGAGAAAAAUAGCCGUGAGUGCCCUGCAACCGUUGGGGUGCCUCCCUCAAAGCACCGCAAGAUUCUCAUUUGAACAGUGCAACGGAACUGAAAACACCCUUGUUGAUCUCCACAACCAGCUCUUGCUUCAAGCUGUGAACAAUUUGAACAAAGAAACCAACAGCACCUCUUUCUUUGUUCUUGACAUUUAUAAUGCCUUUUGGAACGUUUUCAAUCAGAAAGAAGAACAUCAAGUAAGUACUCCAACAUUUGAGAAUCCAUUUGAGCCAUGCUGUGUUGGAGUGAGUGCUGGAUUUUCAUGUGGAAGUGUAGACGAACAUGGGGAAAAGAAGUAUACCCUUUGCUCAAAUCCUAAAUCAAAAUUCUUUUGGGAUACAGUUCACCCUACACAGGAAGGAUGGCAAGCUGUGUAUUCAACUCCUGCUCUUCAAAACAGCCUCAAGCAACUCUGGUAGAAAUUACCAUCAAAAGUGACCUUGUGACUUUGUAAUGUUCACAUUUUGUUCUUGGUAUCUGUCAAAUCCUUUGUAAUCCCUUUUAUUCAUUUCUUUAGUACUUUUUUCUUCCU